AUGAAGAGCUACAGCGAGCGCCGGCUGGACGUGGAAAGUCUGCGGAUGAUCUACUUUCACGACCAAACGGUGGCCGUGGUCGAGCUGGGGCCAGCCAAACGUCUCAUCGGGUGCGAGCUGAUCGAGAUCUACAAUGACGUCGACGGCUCGGAGCUGUUGCGUAAUCUAUCAACCAUCAACCGGCCGCUGGAAAUUUCCUUCCGCGACAUGAUCAAGCUGAUGGAACAGUGCGAGCAAGUGGAUCGAUUGAAUGAACGCAACAACCACCGGGCGACGGAGGAGGGCGGCAAUGGCAGCCAAAGCUUCCAGGACAGCUCCACCAACGGGGGCUUUUUGGCGAUGAUUAUGAAAAACCGUAGCAGCAAGCGGGGCAUCUUCUACUCCAGCUCAUUCUCGCUGUUGAGCGGCAUUAUUCCCGGCACGAAGUGGUGUGGUACAGGAGACAUUGCUGACAGCUACCACGAUCUUGGGGAUGACGCGACGAUGGAUCGAUGUUGUCGCACGCACGAUCUUUGCCCGAUGAAGGUUAGAGCGUACCAGAAGCGCUACAACCUGAGCAAUAAUUCCAUUUACACAAAAUCUCACUGCAAGUGCGAUGACAUGCUGUUUGAGUGUCUUAAGCAGACUAACACCUCUGCGGCGCAGGUGAUGGGAUCAAUCUACUUCAAUCUGGUGCAAGUACCGUGCGUGGAUGAUACCCCAGGUGGGCCACAGUUCCGAAAGGCACGUGAAGGAUUUUAA